AUGUGGAACCACAGCAUGGUGAGAGAAUUCGUACUUUCGGGCUUUACAGACAACCGAAGAGUUGAAAUCUUGCUUUUUACCUUCAUAUUUAGCACGUACCUUUUGACAAUAACGGGGAACACUGCAAUUGUUAUAAUCACUUGGCUGAAUCACCAGCUCAACACCCCAAUGUAUUUCUUCCUCCGACACUUUGCCUUCUUGGAAAUUGGAUUCACCACCUCUAUCAUUCCUAAAACAUUGGCCAGCAUGGCCGCUGGCCAGAAAACCAUCUCUCUUCCUGGUUGCUUCACACAGACCUUUUUGUACUUUGCGUUUGGAGCCACAGAGUUCCUUCUUUUGGCAGUCAUGUCCAUUGACAGGUACAUGGCCAUAUGCAAACCCCUUCACUACUCCACCAUGAUGAAUGCUCGGGUCUGCAAACUGCUGGUGGUCUGCUCCUGGGUUGGGGGGUUGCUGUUUACUAUGGUCCCAACAGCCGUGCUGUUUCAGAUGCCCUAUUGUGGCCCAAACACCAUCAAUCAUUUUUUCUGUGACAGUGGACCACUGAUGAAGCUUGUGUGUGCAAACACGAGCCUCCUGGAACUCAGAUUUCUUCUCAUCGCUGCACUCUGUCUCCUUGGGACCUUGACCAUAAACAUUGUUUCCUACGUCAACAUUGUCCUCACGAUCCUGCGCAUCCCUUCCACCACUGGGAGGCAGAAAGCUUUCUCCACCUGUGCUUCUCACAUCACUGUGGUCUCCAUCACUUAUGGUAGUUGCAUUUUCAUUUACAUAAAACCAAAAGGUGUUGGUACUUUGGACUUCAGCAAAGGGGUGGCUGUUCUUAACACGAUUGUGUCCCCUCUUCUGAAUCCAUUCAUUUACUGCCUGAGAAAUAGACAGGUCCAGGAUGCGCUGAAAGCUGGAUUUAGACAGUGUGUUGGGUUUCAUUAG